CUCUCAUUCACAUCUUCACAACCCGAUAAUCAUUUCGCGAUGGUUACCACCACUGCUAUCGUCUUUGGACCCACUGGCCACGUUGGCUGUGCCGCAGCUCGUAUCGCGCAUCAGCAUGGAGCAAGAGUGGUUCUUGCUCUGCGCGACACUCAAAAGCCGGUUCCAGGUCUCAGCCUGGAGCAGGAGAAGGCGGGCGGCUUCGAAAGGGUCCAGGCUGAUCUCACCAAACCCGAAACCGUUUACGCUGCCGUGCAAGCAACUGGAGCCAAGCGUGCCUUCAUAUACCUGGUGCAAGGCACAACAGACCACAUGAGACGCACCAUCGAAGCUCUAAAGUCCUCCGGUAUUGAGCUUGUUGUCUUCCUGAGCAGCAUUAGUGUCCACGGUGAUAUCAGGAGCAUACCACAGACAGACUUCAUCGCGUAUUCCCAUGCACAGGUCGAGGUCAACCUGGACGAGGUCUUUGGCAGCGACGGCUACAUAGUGAUUCGGCCAGCAUAUUUUAGCACCAAUGCGGGCUGGUGGGCGGGUAUGAUUCGUGAAGGAGAGGUGCAACUCACAUACCCGGAUGCCAAACUCGACUGGAUUUCGCCCGAGGACAUUGGGAGUGCGGCGGGGACGCUGCUUGUCCGAGGAAUGCAGGCUACCGAAGGCGCGAAAGCGCGCAACUCCAUCCCUCUCUGUGGGCCAAAGCUUGUGUCCCAAAGAGACGCCGUAGGCGUAUUUAGCAAGGCGCUUGGCAAAGACAUCAAAGUGAUUGAAGGGGAUGAGAAGGAGGGAAUAGAAAACCUGUUGAAGAUCGGGGUACCAGAAUUUGUGUCCAGGAGGGUGGUCGAGUCUUUGAGACCGAAAGAGAGACGCGGCGAUGAUUUUGAUCCGUUCGAAGGAGAGAUGUACACACAAGCAGCCGCUAACCUUCAAAGGUAUGCCGGCCAAGCCUCAAGUUUGGAAGAGUGGGCCGAGGCAAACAAGGCGGUAUUCAGUGCUUAGUUGAGGAUUACAUGUUUUAUCGCAGUUUGGGUUUAAAGCCGGUGUUGUUGAUGGAGAUAGGACCUCAAGUGGCUUUGGCAAAAGCGCAGGCACCAUAGGCGACUUGUUUGUACCUGCUGUCUUCUAAUAUCUCUCGUCCUCGAAUUCUCAACCUAAUUAUUUAAUAACUACUUAAGAAUAUUACUAUAAUAGGCAUCUGA